AUGCAGCCGCCCACGAGAGCCCCGUUUUUCCCGUUUUCUCUCUUGCGUGGAAGAAAAGCUCGAGAGACUUGCACCUGCCGUUCUGUCGCCAGCACUGAGGGGCCAAACACGUUCGGGCCGCGAGCUCGUCCCGGUUGUCACGCCCACCAGGUUGCCCCCUCGAAGGAGUCUUUCCAUUCUUCCGCGUUUCAGCUCGUCUCCGCUUCUCGCCUCUCUCCUCUGAUGAGUUCCUGCUUCGUCUCUUUCCUGAGAUACCCUUCCUUUCGGCCUUCUGCACCUUUUUCUGCCCCUCCAUCCUCUUCUACGGUGCCGAUCUCGACGCCGUCCGACUUCUCUCACUCCGCUCCCGCGUCGUGGCGUUGCGUCCCGACUGCUCCUUCUGCUCUUCAUGCUCCCUUUUCUUUCACCACACAGGCCGCCCAUCUGUCUUCCUGUGUGUUCGACGGGUGCUCUCGACUUCCCUGCAGCGAACCUGGGAGUCCCCAGACGCUUCAGCGAGCUCUGGCAACCACCUCGGCUACGGCCUUCCUGCGGACAGCAUGUAUGUCACAUCGCCUCAGGCGGCGGCCCGAUGCUUGGACUUCUGGGUGCUCGGGACAGACAGACAAUGCCACAGCAAGCCCCUGCGUGAGGCCUUUGCUGCGCCCACCCGUCGACACGGCGUCUCGAGCUGCUGCAAAUGACAAAGACGCCCCGCAACCGACCUGUUUCUGGAGGAAUGCGAGGACGUCUCGUGCUGUCCACCGAAACCAAACGGACAUGAACUUCUCGUCCUUCAGCUGCAGCCUUCGGCCGUGCCGCCACACGCUUGCGAAGGCUGCUGGUCACCACGCGCCGCUGUCGAGACACUCCCUGCAGUCACUCCCAGAAUCGCGGAUUCGCGGAGGAACAGUUUCUCGAGGUGAUUCACCCGGCUCACUCACCCUCUCGCCUCGAAACAUGUCGUCAGACGCGAUGCCUGUGCAUCCCCUCUACUUCCCUUCUGCCGUUCCCUUCUCCACGACGUCAGGCUCAAAUUCCUCUACCUUUUCUUGCCCUUCACCCUCUUCCUCGACUUCUUCAACUUCCUCGACGUCCUCAACUUCUUCAACUUCUUCAACUUCCUCGACUUCCUCGACUUCUUCAACUUCUUCAACUUCCUCGACUUCUUCACCUUUUCUUCUGUCUCGUUCCCACAGUGUAGACUGUCGCGCCUGCCCAGUGUCGCGGGCUCCACCAAAUCCUACUUCUCUCCAACUUCUGUUUUCUCUGUUUCCUUUUCUCUGGCCCACGGCGCUGAAGGAUCGCCUCCGCGUCCUGGGGUCUGUCGCAUGUCUCGUCACAGCCAAGGUUCUCACGAUUCAGGCGCCGCUCCUCCUCGCCAACCUCGUCGACGCCUUCCAAGUUCUCCCCCACAACUCCCCCCUCUCUCCUUCUGGAGCGUCCCCUUCCUCAGGAGACACCUCCCUCCUCGCUUCUUCUGGAGAGACUUCGUCUUCGCUGUCGCCUUCUGCUGCGCCAGCCGAGGGUGCGCGCGAGGCGGGGAAAUCCGGGGAAUCUGCGGGACGCGAGAGGCGAGACGAAGGCUCUACCGUGCGUCUGUCUCCUCUUGCGGAAGGUCCUGCUUCUCCAGCCACUGAGGAAAGAACAGCAGCAGGGAAAGCAGGGACGUCUGUCGGAGGCCGAGACGCAGGCGCUGUGCAUGCGUUGGACACUGAGCACCUCAGAAACACUGCACAGAUCGUCUCCGUACCUCUCGGGGUUGUCUGCGGCUUUCCGGUAGCCAGAAUCGCCGCCACUGGAUUCAACGAACUGCGAUCAACUUUGUUUACGCGCGUUAGUCAAAAUGCGAGUUGCGAUUUUUCGUGUCACGCCUUUCUUCAUCUCCACGCUCUCGCCCUGUUCCACGAUAAACGAGCCGGCGAGUUGUCUGUCCUGAUUAGUCGCGGCAUGAAGUCUGUCACGGCUCUUUUGAACGUUCUUCUUUUCCAGAUGGUGCCGACGGCGCUCGAGUUCGCGCUCGUUCUGUAUCUCCUGGGCUCGAAAGUCGGCGGUCCUGUCGCGUGCAUCACGUCUCUGACGAUGGCUGUGUAUGUGGCGUUUACGGCCGCGGUGACGGCGCGGCGCACGAAGAUUCGGAAAGAAAUGAUCGCAGCUGAGCAGCAGUCCGUAGGUUUGUUGGUGGACUCUCUCGCAAACGCAGAAGCCGUGCGCUUCUUCACUGCUGAGAAAGGCGAACUUUCGCGAUUCGAGGCCGUCCAGAGACGCUACGCGGAGAAGCAUGUCUCUGUAAAUCAGAGUCUGGCGUUCCUCAAUUUCGGGCAACAACUGAUCUUCAAUGUCGGAGUCCUCGGAUCCCUCGCCUACACUGCCUCGCAAGUAGCAGCGGGCCUCUUGCCUGUCGGACAUAUCGUCCUCGUCAGCAGUCUCCUGCUGCAGCUCGCCGUACCGCUGAACUUCGUCGGCACCAUCUACCGGGAGACGAGCUUGAAUCUGGCGGACCUGGAGAAACUGUACGAACUCAUGAACCAUCAUCCACCGAUUGUCAACCCACCAGACGCGAGGCCGUUUGUGCUGAAGGGCGGCGCCGUCGCCUUCGAGAACGUCAGAUUCGCGUACCCUCCGUCGCCGCUGCGGCCGGGAAGCCUACCCUCGAAGACGGGAGACGACGAGAAGCCGGAAGCCUCCCGCAUGCUCUUGGAUGACGUCUCCUUCUCCGUCGACGCGGGCAAGAAAGUCGCGAUUGUGGGUCCAAGUGGAGUGGGGAAGAGCACUCUGAUCAAGCUGCUCUUCCGCAUGUUCGAUCCGGCGAGUGGCACCGUCCGUAUCGACGACCAGGAUGUGAAAGAGCUGGAUCUCCAUUCCUUCAGACGGCAAAUCGGGGUCGUCCCGCAAGACAUGGUUCUCUUCAACGACACGAUCGAAUUCAAUAUCAAAUAUGGCUGUCCUUCUGCGACAGACGAAGAGAUGCGGGCUGCAGCCAAGCAAGCGGAAAUCGACGACGUGAUCAUGCGCAUGCCUCAAGGCUACAGCACCGUCGUGGGCGAGAGGGGUCUGAAGCUGAGUGGCGGCGAGCGCCAGCGGAUCGGCAUCGCGAGGUGUCUCCUCAGAAAUCCAGCAAUCGCCGUUUUCGACGAAGCCACCAGUGCGCUCGACUCGCACACGGAGCAAAAGAUUCUAAAGGCCUUUCGAGCGAUGGCUAGAGGCCGCACGACGCUCGUGAUCGCGCAUCGUCUGAGCACGAUUUCGGAUGCAGACAAAAUCAUUUAUUUGAAAGAGGGGAAAAUUGCAGAGAUGGGCACCCACGCGGAGUUGCUCGAGAAGGAGCGCGGCCUCUACCGGGCGCUCUGGGAGUCUCAGCAACACCAGGAGCAGGAGGAGGCCGUCUCGACGCCCGAUCUGACGCUGAGCUAA